AUGUCGCGCCGUUACUCACUGGUCCACCAGGCCAGCAUCGAGCGCUACGCCAUUGAAGGCAUGAAGCGGGGAAAUACCAUCAAAAGACGCCAACAACUUGAAGGGGGCAUCCCCCGGGGCGAAAUCCCGUGCUUCAUGCGCACCAUCCUGGACGCGUUCACGAAAAACGGGCUCUCCAUUGAGCACCUGGAGACGCGCCCGCAUCAGCGUCGAGGGAAACCGGUGCCAGGAGAUUGGGAUAUCCUCGUCGAAUGCGCGGCCACAAAGGAGCAGCUCCUCGCUGCCGCGUCCGAGCUGACCACGCAGCACGCCGAGCUGAAGAACAUCUCACUCUACAAGUCGGACAAGAAGGAGGAGGUGCCCUGGUUCCCUCGCCACAUCUCCGAGCUGGACCACUGCUCGACGUGCGUCACCAAGUACGAGCCCACCACUGACCCAAGGCAUCCGGGCCAUGGCGAUGAAAAGUACAUCGCCCGUCGCCAGUUCCUCAACGACCAGGCCAUCAACUUCCGCCACGGCGACCCGAUCCCGCGCGUCGACUAUACGAAAGAAGAACACGCCACCUGGCAGGCGGUCUACGAGAAGCUGCGCACCUUACAUGAGAGCCACACCUGCCAGGCUUACCGUCAGAACUUGAAGAUGCUGGAGGAGGAGGGUGUCCUGUCCCCGAGUACCAUUCCGCAGAUUGCCGAUGUCAAUCGGUACCUAAGAAAGAAAACCGGUUUCAUGCUGCGGCCGUGCAGCGGACUGCUCUCUGCGCGCGACUUCUUGGCCAGCCUGGCUUUUCGCGUUUUCCAGACAACGACCUACCUCCGGCAUAGCGGCUCGCCACAUCAUAGCCCCGAACCGGAUCUUGUCCAUGAACUCCUUGGUCAUGUGCCAAUGUUUGCCGACCCGCUGAUCGCACAGAUGAGCCAGGAUAUCGGGCUGAUGUCGCUUGGCGCAACCGACGAUCAGAUUGAGAAGUUAGCUACGGUCUACUGGUUCAUCAUCGAAUUCGGGCUCUGCCGGGAGGACGGGAAGCUGAAAGCGAUCGGCGCCGGGCUUCUAUCGGCGUAUGGCGAGCUUAUGCACGCCUGCUCCGACGUGCCCGAUCACCAAGAUUUCGAGCCCCGCGUGACCGCCAUGCAGACAUAUGAAGACAGCGACUAUCAACCCCUCUAUUUUGUAGCCACCAGCCUACAAGAUGCCCUCGUAAAACUACGCGAAUACGCCUCCUCGAUGAAACGCUCCUUCGGUGUGAUCUACGACCCGUUGACGCAGUCCGUCAACGUCAUAAAGAAGGCCGAGGACGUUUCACCGGCUUUUGAAAGAUUCCACCUCGAUCUCGCGGCCAUCAUGCAGGCGCUGAAGGUGCACCGGCAGAAUGUA